CCCCGGGGGGGUGGGGUGGGGGGGAGGCAGGGGCAGAGCCACUCUGCAGAAGGGGCCGCCACCACCUCCUGCCUCCUCCUCCUCCACCACCUCCUCCUCCUUCUCGUCUCCUCCCCCUCCCCGUUCUGACGCUGCCUCCUUGGGAAGGGUGUUUGGAGGGCAGCGGCCGCCCCAAGCCGGAGCCCCGCAGCGCUUCUUAUGAUCAGCUCGGUGUGUGUCUCCUCCUACCGCGGGCGCAAGUCGGGGAACAAGCCUCCGUCCAAAACAUGUCUGAAGGAGGAGAUGGCCAAGGGCGAGGCGUCGGAGAAGAUCAUCAUCAACGUGGGCGGCACGCGACAUGAGACCUACCGCAGCACCCUGCGCACCCUACCGGGCACCCGCCUUGCCUGGCUGGCGGAUCCCGACGGCGGGGGUCGGCCAGAGUCGGAUGGCGGCGGUGCAGGCAGCAGCGGCAGCAGCGGCGGCGGCGGGGGCUGUGAGUUCUUCUUUGAUCGGCACCCGGGUGUUUUUGCCUAUGUGCUCAACUACUACCGCACGGGCAAGCUGCAUUGCCCCGCAGACGUCUGUGGGCCUCUCUUUGAGGAAGAGCUCACUUUCUGGGGUAUCGAUGAGACAGAUGUGGAACCCUGCUGCUGGAUGACCUACCGGCAGCACCGCGAUGCUGAAGAGGCACUGGACAUCUUCGAGAGCCCGGACGGGGGCGGGGGUGGCGCAGGGCCCGGCGACGAGGCUGGAGACGAUGAGCGGGAGUUGGCCUUGCAGCGCCUGGGCCCCCAUGAAGGAGGCUCUGGCCCUGGUGCUGGGUCCGGGGGUUGCCGUGGCUGGCAGCCCCGAAUGUGGGCGCUCUUCGAGGAUCCGUACUCAUCCCGGGCGGCCAGGGUGGUAGCCUUUGCCUCUCUCUUCUUCAUCUUGGUCUCCAUUACCACCUUCUGCCUGGAGACCCACGAGGCCUUCAACAUUGACCGAAAUGUGACGGAGAUCCACCGGGUAGGGAAUAUCACCAGCGUGCGCUUCCGGCGGGAGGUAGAAACAGAACCCAUUCUUACCUACAUCGAGGGCGUGUGCGUGAUGUGGUUCACUCUAGAGUUCCUGGUUCGCAUUGUGUGCUGCCCUGAUACGUUGGACUUUGUCAAGAACCUGCUCAACAUCAUCGACUUUGUGGCCAUCUUGCCCUUUUACCUGGAGGUGGGAUUGAGUGGCCUGUCAUCCAAGGCAGCUCGAGAUGUGCUGGGUUUCCUGCGUGUGGUGCGCUUUGUACGCAUCCUGCGGAUCUUCAAGCUCACACGCCACUUUGUGGGGCUGCGUGUGCUCGGCCACACACUCCGGGCCAGCACCAACGAGUUCCUGCUGCUUAUCAUCUUCCUGGCCCUGGGUGUGCUCAUCUUUGCCACCAUGAUCUAUUAUGCUGAGCGAAUCGGGGCCAGGCCAUCUGACCCACGGGGCAAUGACCACACCGACUUCAAGAACAUCCCCAUCGGUUUCUGGUGGGCUGUGGUCACCAUGACAACGCUUGGCUAUGGGGACAUGUAUCCUAAGACAUGGUCAGGAAUGCUGGUGGGUGCGCUGUGUGCACUGGCUGGUGUGCUAACCAUUGCCAUGCCUGUGCCUGUCAUCGUCAAUAACUUUGGUAUGUACUACUCCCUGGCUAUGGCCAAGCAGAAGCUUCCCAAGAAACGAAAGAAGCAUGUACCACGGCCACCCCAGCUUGAGUCACCCAUUUACUGCAAGUCUGAGGAGACUUCACCCCGGGACAGCACCUACAGUGACACCAGCCCCCCUGCCCGGGAAGAGGGUAUGGUCGAGAGGAAACGAGCAGACUCCAAGCAGAAUGGUGACGCUAAUGCGGUGCUGUCCGAUGAGGAGGGAGCUGGCCUCACCCAGCCCCUGGCCUCGGCCCCCACCCCUGAAGAGCGUCGAGCCCUGAGACGCUCAGGCACACGGGACAGAAACAAGAAGGCAGCUGCCUGCUUCCUGCUCAGUGCUGGGGACUAUGCCUGUGCUGAUGGCAGUGUCCGGAAAGAGUAAAUGCUCAAUGAAAUGUUUAACCAAAUGAAUAAAUAACAAGAAAGAAAGAAGCAAGCAUAAGAAAACAAGAUAAAGAAGGAAAAAGGAAGAAGAGUUGAAGAACUAAUGAAAAAUAGAGGAUGAAGAGGAUGAAGAGGAGAGUCCUUAUCAGUCAGGAGGGCUGAAAGUGAGGCUGAGAAGAGGGAAGGAGAACUCUGGGACCCAGCUGCCUGGUCCAGCAUUCACCUCUAGCCAGUACUGCCAAGAAUCUUAUUCUUCAUGAAACCCCAAGCCUCAUGGUCCUGCCUAGGCCUCAGGUGGGAUGGCAGGGUGCUUUGGUUCACUGACCAAGAGGGGUUUCCCACUGUCGGGUCAUAUACCCUGUGGUUGUAGGUUGUAGGAAAACCUUUGUAGAGACAAGAAACCAAGAUUCCUUAACCGGAGCUCAACUCUACUUCUGAUCUUGGAAACCAGCUUUGCAUCGCUUCCUUCUGUCCUCUGUAUCUAGUUCUCUGGCCCUGUGACUUUCAGAGUCCUUAUUAAUCAGUGGUGAAAUGUUCACAGCAAACUAACCACUGACAGACUCCUUUGUAGACUCUAAGACCCAGAGGCCAGGCUUAGAGGUGACUGCCUCUACCUCUUCUUUAAGUCCUAGGCAAGCCAAUGACCUCUCAAGAAGACCAAGGAGCCAAGCCCAGGAAGCCUGGAGGCCCAGAGGCUCCUAGCUGUUCUGCAAUAGCUGUUGCCAUGGUGGCUUCCCUGGGGUGGCAGCUCCCCAGUUGCCAUAGAAAACAGAGGUGUGUCUUUGCACCACCACCAUCAUGGCUGCCUCUGUGGAGAAGCAGCACUUUCCUGAGCCAUCAGUCAGCCCAGUGAGUAGUCAGUGCACCUUACAAUGUCUGGGGAACAGUCUCACCCUGACAUCUUGUGAUAUUAGUGUAGCAGCAGUCCCUCUGUCCCCUUAGGGGACAGCACUGUUUAUACUCCUGGCAAGCCCACUUGGGGAUGUCAUUUCUCUUAGGAUCCCACUAGAGGUAGCAACCAGAUCCCAGGAAACCUGGGCAGGAUGGGGAGGGAGAAGGCCCCAGGGAAACCGUUCUCUUUUUCUCUCUGGACCUCAGUGCUGAAUUGUGACAAGCUGAAUUUCCCUACACACGGUUGAAAUGUUAGUUUCUAGAAUGCCCCAUUUCUUCCGGCUUCCCACCUCUUGGCUAAGGCACUCUGCCUUCCUCCUGCUGCUGCCUUCUCCUUGCUCCCUUUCAUGACGUUUCCACUAAGUUUACUUGAACUUCACCAUCUAAUCUAGGAACAAGAAAAUGUUAAUCAUCCACAUUCCAGCAUGAAUUAGAGUCUGUGUAUGUUUUAUUUUCCAGGAGAUAAAAUUGCAAGACUUCUCACCGUUCAGAGCAAAAACCUUAUUGUAUCAUAGAUUGUAGCACCAAAGAGCCGGAAGCAGGAUAGGCUUUUGCUUGUUUGUUUUUGUUUUUUAAAUCUAAAGAAGGCAAAUCGUCCUUGCAUGGGUAAAAUUAGAGGACAGGUCUCCACGGGGAUUUAUUGCCUGGCUCUGAUUAACCACGAAACAAGCGAAGGCGCUUAGGCUGUAGUUCAAGAUUAGAGAGCUUAUGUAGCAGCAUUCAAAAGACCCGGAGUUCAACCCCCAGCACUGAAUUAAGCUAUCAGAACACUGAGGAGUAGUAUCUGCCUUAGUCUAAAAGAUCCUUCUCCUUUUUGGCCCCUCCCACAUACUGGUAUUGAGUCUUUUUCCUGGUAAGCUUCCGAGUCUCUCAAGGCUCACGAAAGUAUCAGCUCUGAGAGUCCUUCCAGAGCUCUCCCAGGGCCUGCUCUUCACGUGUGCACAAUAAGCACUUUGCAUACUUACCACAGUGAUGACAUCUUGCUUGUUUACUAACCUAAGCCUCUGCUUAGGAGCUCACAGGAGAAUGGCCUGUGAAUGAGUUGGCCGCCCACUGUUGACUCCUGUCAACUUGUGUCUUUUGCCUCUGUCAUUCCAGCUUACAUCUGUGUCUUAGAAUUUCUUUAGCGCCCCACCACCAAGUCCAUGCCCUCUCCCAUCCAUUGUUCUCAUCACAGCCCUCCAGCUCCUGGGCUCUAAAUAAUUAAAGCUUUUUGUUUUCCUUUCUGGGGUUAGUGACCUUGAAUCUGUACAGUCUGCUCAGGACAGCCAGAGGCUUGUGUCCUGGGCCAUUUCCCUCCAGCCUUCUUCCUUCUCAGUCUUCACGGUGAACAUUCUGUGCCUCUUUCUCCCCUCAGCUCUCACUCAGUAUGUAGUUUGUACUUUGGACAAAGAGCCCUGCUGAAGAAGUGAGUCACAGAAAGGGAGGCCUAGAAAGGGGAGCAGUGCUCUGUAGGGUCCAAGCCAGGUCCUUGAUGCUGCUGAGCCUCCACAUUUGUGAAGUUGGGGUGAACCCACAGAAACAUCACAUCACCCAAAGUGCUGAGGUAAAUUAGACUCUGAACAGGUCCUCUGAGAUCAUGUAAAGCAGGAGCUGGCGUGAAGGGCUCCCAAUUCCCUGAACUUUUAGGGAUGUGGGUGUUCUAUGGUCAGACGCAAUUGCCUCAGAAAGCUGGAGAACACAAGUCCCUUUGAUUGAGUACUAACAACAAGGAAAGCAAGUUCUGUGCUCCGUGCAGGCAGUCACUCAUCUGAGCAAUCUCAUUCCAGACAAGAAAAGCAGAACGAGAGGUAAACUGCAGGUAGAUUUCAUGAGCUCAAAUUCAUUUGGGCUGGUUCUGGUCUUGUGCACCCAUCACUAAGUCUGUGACCAGACUCAGCCAUGGGUUUCACUCAAUAUCACCACUACUAUCAAUCCACACUGGCUGUAUCCAGCAAAUUCUAAUGCAACCAUUUUUGUUGCUUGGGAACUCUAUGGCAUUGGGCAAAUGAACCCCCCUGAAUUUGGCUCCUUCUCUAAGAAACCCUGCAUCUCAGAGUCUAUUGGGAGGAAGAGAGAGAUGGAAUGUGUGAAAACCUGGACAGACCCAGUCAGCAGAACAGUGACCAAUAUAUGUCCUUGGGGAAACUAGCCAGGGGAUAAGGUUUCAGAUCUGAUUUCAACAAUAAAAAGUACCAGAAAUGAUUUCUCCCAAAUCCCUUGCUAAAACUAUCUAGUGUGGGAUGAUGAGAUGUAUGUGUCCAGUUUGAGACCAGGCCCUGGGACAUUAAUAUCCAUGAGGCUCCUCUUUGGUACAGACAUUUCCUUCUUAGUGACCCAGAGGCAGGAUAAUAUGUGCUUGCUGUCCAUGAUGCCACCUGCUUCCUGGACUAUGUCCAUGGUUAGGGUAACUCAGCCCUAAUUUUAACAAGCUGCUUUUUAUCUCUCCUCUAAGGCCAAAGGCUUGCCUACACCACACACACACACACACACACACACACACACACACACACACACACACUCACACAUACUGAAAGUAGAGUUGGGGAGACAGUGGGGUGGGAGAAAGCACAGGACACAUUGGAAACAGAUGCUACAGUUUGGAUCUGUAGUUUCCCUAAGUCCUGGUCCCCUGUUCAAGGUGCUAUAUUACCUGGCAACAGAACCCAGAAGACAUAAAGAAGACAUAAGGCCUAGUGGGAAGAAGUUAGGUUCCUGGGGGAGUGGCAUUAAGGAGGAUAUGGGAGUUCUAGUCCUUUCUCCUCCCUUUUCUUUUGGGCCUCCAUGAAGUGAACAGGCCUAGCCCUGAGUAGAUGCCAGUUCCACCUUUCUAUCAGUUCACACGGCCUAGUGUUGCUCUGCUGUGUGUUCCUGCCACGAUGGACUGUUUGUCCACGGUCCCCAAAUGACAGAACCUAGUGGCCAUGCACUGAUGCCUCUGAAACCACAAGCCAAACUAUCAGGCCUCCUACUGAGAUGCUCAUCUCAGGUAUUUGUUACAGUGACAGGAAGCAGACCAAAAAGUCAGGAGUCUAGAAAUGGAGAAAGAGGGGGAUGGGAGCACAGAAGAUAGAGAAGAGGGAAGGAAGGAAGAAGAGAGGGAGGGAAGGAGGCAAAGGCAGAGAGACAGGAAGAAGGCCUGACUAUUGAAGGCCAAGACUAUGGAAACUAAAAUGAACCAAACAAUCUAGAAAUAGAAUCACUGGGCAAAUCCCACAUGUUCAUCUGCUGAGCAAAUGCCCAAAUGGGCAGAGCAGGCACAAUUUAAGGAAGACACGGAUCAAAACCUCAGAGGUAGGUCAGUCUUGGAAGUAUACAUUCCAUUCUGGCAUGAAUUAAUUGGGGCUCUUUUUUAGGGGAUGUUUUCCUCAUGUAAUCAUUACUUUUAACAGGCUGGCUUAUAAGAGAGUUAGCCUGACACCACCUAUCUUUGGCAAGUGUAAAGUUACUUUAAGACCAAGACUAUUCUGGGUUUUUAUUCUAUGUAUGGAUGCUGCUGGCUGCAAGGGGAAAGGAUUUUUUUAAAAAUAUAAUUUUAUGUGUAUCCGUGUUUUGCUUGCAUAUAUGUGUGUGUGUGUACCAUGUUCAUGCCCAGUGUCUACAAAAACCAGAGGAGUGCAUCAGAAGAUAGUUUUUGGAUCCCUUAGAACUAGAGUUACAGACAUCUGUAAGCUGCCAUGUGGGUCAAACCUAGGUCCUCCACAUUGGUACCAAGCGCUCAGUUUGCAGACAGCUCAGCAGGCUGGAGUGCCCUUUUCAGAUAGAUCAGUUGGUCUGAGCCUUUCUCAGGCAGGUCAGCUGGUCUCUCUGCUUCUAGGCAGCACCGUGACUGCUCUCUGCUUCCUACGGGCUGUUCAUCUUGCCUGGACCUCUUAUAGAGAGCUCAGUGCCUCUUCUAGGCAGCUCUGCAUUUCUCCCAGACUAUCUUUCAGAAGUCCUUACUGUCUAUACACACACUUAGGGAGGAAGAGAGAGACCUAGUAAAUCUGAUCAGUUUGGGGGAGGUCUUUUUUAAAAAAUCAAAAAGGGUUAUACACUGCAUAGACUUUGAAGACAGCCAUCCUUGGGUGAUAGUUUUCCAUCUACUCCUAGAUGAUUUUGUUUCUUCACUGUUGUUGUUGUUGUUGUUGUUGCUUGUUUGUUUUCUUACAGUUCAGCUCAGGGCUUCUUGGAACUAACUGGACAGGACCUUAAACUCUAGCCUGGCUUGUACCCAGGCUGUGUGAUCUUUGGCAGUUAACAAACGAGCUACAGCUCCCUCCCACUUGUCACUGAGGGAUAGGGCUGUCAAACCUCAUAGAUCCUUGGGACUUGAAUGAAAUCCCAUACUUACAACUGAGCUCAGGAACUGAUGAUCAUGAAGCCUCCUGUCCUUCUCAUGUCUUCCCCUUCAUAAACUAGGACAGGGUGAGUGAGCACAGUUACCCACACCCUGCCCCCCAAGGGCUGGGGCUGGGUGUUUAAGUCUGGUUGGAGGUGGGAGAUGGAGGGACCAAAGGUCUCGGCAGAAAUGCUGGUGGUGUAGGUGGCUGGUAGAGAGGCAACUGAACGUGCAUGUGGUAUUUGGAACACAACCGGAGAUCCCACUGCAUUUUGGCUUUAACCAACUAUUUGACAUUUUUGUGGAGCUCAUUUCUAAACAUGGAGCUGGGAGCUGGCAGGCCUGGCUCCAUUCCCAAGUUCCAAUUCAGUAGCCUCUGCUUCUCUGGGCUUUCGUUUUUCUCUCCUCUCCCCAUCAUCAGAAGGCAUUUCUGUGAAACCCAGCCGCAAUUGGUUCAUAGCAAAAAGUGUGGAAACCGAAGCAGGGGGAGUCUCAUCUCCAAGGAGAUGAGAUGAGCACUUCCCUGAUUCCCCUGGAUGGUUGGUCUUGCAUAUGGUAAUUGCGUAGCCCAAGGGACAGAAGGACCCUAACUCAUUCAACUAGAGCCUGCUGCCUACCCAACACCAGCUCUCCAAGCAUCUGGCUAAAGACCCAGCCCUGCCCCCACGAAUGAGCAUACAGGAGAGUCAGCUGACCACAGAGCAUCAUCAAAUCUCCCCCACGCUGCCUCUUUUCAUCCUGGUAGCUACAGGUUCUAUCCUACCAAUGCCUGUUCUGUGCCCAUGUACUGUUUCUCCUGUAGGACUAGCAGCAAAACGAAUUAGUGUCCUACUGAUGUUGAUAGGGUGGGAGACCCAGGAGAAUAUUGCCAAGAAUUGAGACGUUCUUGGUUCUUCUUAUUCUGUGUGAUCUAUUCCAGCUUUACCUACUCCCCUUUGGCCUGCUUCUUCUAGAAGCUGAGACCAGUGAUUUAGAGAAUGCUUGUAAAGGACUCAGGGCAAGAGAACUCCAAGUCACCUCUUAUCUGCUCUUUCUUGCUUUGAGCGAGUUAAUGCCAGACUUGGGUGGAUAUUCAUAUCUCACAUGAACCUGACCUAAAGGCUGCCUGAGAUCAACCAUGAGGCCACCGGUCAUCACGUCGCCUCCCUCAGUCCCAGGAGUCUUUGUUCACUGGCGACCUUGGAAAUCACUUUGCCCCAUCUACCAAUGCUUUCAUCAUCCUGGAUGUGGACAUCAUCUCUGUCGUUUGGUGGCCAAAAACAUUUUUACCUACCAACCAUGAUAUGAAUUUUAUCCCCAGUCACAGUGGUGAUAACAAGAGGGAAAAAGUCAGAAAAGAUGUGACCAGCCAUCGGGCUCAGAGCUCCUUGAAAGAGCUUAAGAUAAGACAUGUUCUUUCCUUUCUGGAUGUACAUUGGACAUGCCACCAUGGCUUCUCCAGACCCUUGACCUCAGGUCUCAGCCUGCCUGCCAGACCUUAGUCAGUCCAUGCCUUGCCUGCUCCAUACACCCUGUUCUCCAGCCACAGCCCCCCAUCACUGUUCCUUAAACAUGUGCCCUCCCCUGCCUUAGACUCACUUGGCCUUCUGUUUAAAGUGUCCUUCCACUAUAGCCUCCACCUUGCAAACUAAAAUGUGUCCUGAUCUACGAUCUGCCCACAGGAUGUUGUGUCUUAUAGCCCUGGACAGCCACUGCUUUGCACAAACCCUGUUAGGAUCCACAGUUUAGGGUCACCUUUCCUGGAAUCUUUGUUGGGUCGUAGGAGUCUAGGAACAUUUGUUAUAAAGAACGAUCUCAAGUACAGAUGAGGCCAAGUGAAGGACUACAUUUCUUCAUUGUCAUAUGGAAGCUUCAUUUAACACAUCCACAUGAAGAUUAUUGAAUUCUCCAGAACUGUAAUUCACAGAUGGCUGUUGAGCUCUUGAAAUGUGGCUAGUGCCAUAUGCCAAGAUGACAAUAUUUUGGACUCGUCGGGUUAAAACAUAUUAUUGAAAUUUCUUUUGUGUUUGUUUUUGCUUCUUUGUGUGUUUUGGUUGGAGGUUUUGUUUCUUUUGAGAAAGGGUCUUGAUAUAUGGUUCAUAACGACCACAAACUCUAAAUCCUCUUGUCUUAACCUCCUAAGUGUUGGGAUUACAAGUGUCUGGCUUUUGGCUUUCUUUCAGUUUUGUUUUGUCCCUAGUCAGAGUCUCAUUAUGUAGCUCUGGGUAUCUUAGGACUCAUUAUGGAGGAAAAGUUGGCCUCAAGCUCACUAAGUCCAUCUGCCUCUGCCUCCUAAGGGCUGAGAUUAAAGGCAUAUACACCACAGCCAGUUUAUGGUUUCAUCAUCUGUCUGUCUGUCUGUCUUUGUUUUUGCUGCUUUCAGCAAAAACAUGACAAAAGCAAGUCUUAAAAAGGACAACAUUUAAUUGGGGCCGGCUUACAGGUUCAGAGGUUCAGUCCAUUCUCAUCAAGGUGGGAGCUUGGUGGCAUCUAGGUAGGCAUGGUGCAGGCAGAACUGAGAGUUCUACAUCUUCAUCUGAAGGCUGCUGGCAGAAUACUGACUCCCAGGCAACUACGACCAGGGUAUGAAAGCCCACACCCACAAGGCCACUCCUACUCCAAAAAGGCCACACCUUCCAACAGUGCCACUCCCUGGGCCAAGCUUAUACAAACUAUCAUGCUGUCCAUCUAUCCAUCUAUCCAUCUAUCUAUUUACCUAUUUUAUUUGGGGUAUUUUUUUUUCUUUUGGAGCUGAGGACUGAACCCAGGGCCUUGCACUUGCUAGGCAAGCGCUCUACCACCGAGCUAAAUCCCCAACCUCUUAUUUGGGUUUUUAAGACAGGAUUUCUCUGUGUAUCUCUGGCUGUCCUAGAACUCUCUGUUCAUCAGGCUGCCCUUGAGCUAAUUGAUCCACCUCCCUCUGCCUCCUGAGUGCUGGGAUUAAAGGUAUGCGCAACUGCCACCCAGCUUUCUUUGUUUGUUAUUUUAUUUAUGUGUUUUCCCUGUAUGUAUAACUGUACACCACCAGUAUACCUAAUGCAUUCAAAAGCCAGCACUGGAUCCCCUGGAACUGGAGUUAGAGAUGGUUGUGAGCUGUCGUGUAGGUGAGUUUCUGUAAGAGUAGCAAGUAAGUACUUUUAGCCAUUCUGCCAUCUCUACAGUGCCAAGGUUUUAUUUUAUUUUAUUUUUUUAAAAGGCUUCUUUUUGGGCUGGAGAGAUGGCUCCGCGGUUAAGAGCACUGACUACUCUUCCAGAGGUCCUGAGUUCGAUUCCCAGCAACCACAUGGUGGCUCACAACCAUCUGUAAUGGGAUCUGAUGCCCUCUUCUGGUCUGAAGACAGCUACAGUGUACUUGUAUACAUAAAAUAAGUAAGUCUUUUUUAAAAAGGUUUCUUUUUUUUUUAAGAUUUAUUUAUUUAUAUGAGUACACUGUUGCUUUCUUCAGACACACCAGAAGAGGGCAUCAGAUCCCAUUACAGAUGGUUGUGAGCCACCAUGUGGUUGCUGGGAAUUGAACUCAGGAACUCUGGAGGAGCAGCAGUCAGUGCUCUUAACCACUGAGCCACCUCUCCAGCUCAUGGUUUUAUUAAUGUGGUUGCUAAAAACAGCUAAUCACACUCAGGGCGCAUAUCUAUUGGAAAGUAGCUCUAGAAGAUGGACUGUCAUAUAUCAUUAUUAUUACUAUUAUUAUUACUAUUGUUGUUAUUAUUAUUAUUAAUCAAGAAACCAGACUGUGAACGUGCACAUUAACUUGAACCAUGUCUUCUGGGGUAGAGUUCCAAUGACUUCUUUCCUGUAUGAAAUGAAAUCAAUGUCACUGCCUCGCUAUUAAUCAAGUUUGUCUUAAAUGAUAAACAACGAGCAAAGCAACAGCUAUAAAAAGCAGGGUCUUUACUUGUUUCCCUCUCACACGCCAUUGCUCAAGUGACUUUAAACCAACAUUAUCAUUUUAUUGUUAAUGAACAUUUUGUUGUUGUUGUUUUAAAAUAAUAUUCGGGGGCUCUUAGUUCCUUUUUAAAUUCUUGAACAAUUUCAUAUAGGCACUAGUGAAUGUUGGUCAUUUACAACCCUCCAUUACCCUCUCUUACCAACUGCCCCCUCCCCCAGCUGAAUCCUCCUUACCAAUCAACCAAAUCUUUUUAUGAGAAUCACAUGUUUUUCCUUUUUAGAUUUUAUUUUUGGAAAUUAUACUUUGAAAAAAAAACCAAACAAUAAAAACAAAAAUUGUGCUUUGGCAGAUUUUAUCUCAGCACAGUUUUAAAGCAAAAGCUAAACGGUCACUUAAAACUGAAUUAAAGGCUCAAGUCUCCACAAAUAAAUACAAGGGAGUGAGUGGUGAAAGUACUUAUUUGGGAUUGGGGCCCAAGUUUGUACUGUCAACCAUAUUUCCCAGUAGGAUUCCUGUGAGGUUAAAGAAGAAAAAAAAAGAUGAGACCCUCUUUUAAGACCCGCACCCCAGACUCUAGGUCGUUCUCUAAUACCUGGGGCCUAGGACCCCAAAGGGAGGCUGGCCAAAGCAAGUUCUUUAUGAAGUGGGAGCUGGGAUUGGCUUCUUAUCUCUACCUGCCCCGGGGCCUAAGUGCUUGCCAAUUGUAGUGCUGCCAGCCAAGCCUAAUGCUCCUCUUGUCUAGAACCAGGCAUUUUUAUUGUUAGAGGUCACUACCAAGGUCAAGUAGCAAUGGCCACCUCAAGAGCCAGGUCAUACGGUAGUCCUGGAAAGAUGCCUUUAGGUCCCAAGUCAUGGCUAAUAGAAAAAUAUCUUCCCUUUUCCGUUCCUAAGCAUCUCCACAGUGAAGCCUGCCUUGCUUCACUGAGGCCAAAGGUGACUGCGAACCCCCUGAGGACAGAGUUUUUCAUUCGCAUGCCUGGCACCUGGUUAGCACAUGGGGUGUGCAGUAGACGUGAGUCUUCCAUUUCCUCCCUCUGCCCUGCUCCAGCACACAGCCAGCUUCCAAUGAACCUGAUCUAUGGAUUUCUUGGCCUGAAUGGAGCGCUGUUAAUCAGCGCCCCCUCUGGGAGUCUGGGCAGGAUCAGCUGAUAAUUAGGUAUCAAGCUCAGGGCUGGUGACCUUUCAGAAGUGUCACAGAGAGUCUGCCCUUGUCUACAUUCUUCAAGAGAAGAAAGAAAACAGUAAAACCUUUGCUUCUGGAGUGGAAUAAAAGCAGCAUUUUUUUUAAUUGUUCAAAUGACAACAGUGUAGAUUUACUGUCUUAACCAUCUUUAACGCACCCGGACAAUUAGUAUGUUCAAACAGUUGCACAGCUGUCACCACCAUCUAUCUCCAGAAUGCUUCACCAUCCCUAAAUGAAUUAAACAGUAAUCCCUCAGCCCCCAUGCCCCAUGCCUGCAGGACACCAUUCUACUCAAAUCUCUCAUCUAAACAGAAUUGCACAAUGAUCGUGCGUGCGUGUGUGUGUGUGUGUGUGUGUGUGUGUGUGUGUGUGUGUGUGUGUGUGUUGUGUACUCACAUGCCUGGGUUUGUGUUUUACUGGCCUUAAACCCAGGGCCUCAAAUAUGCUAGGUAGAUUCUCUACCACUAAGCUGCAUACCCAGCAAUAUGAAAAACUCCUAUUUUGAAACAGGUCUUACUAAGUUACCCAGGUUAGCUUUGAACUCUCUCUCUGAAACCCAAGCAAGACCUUGAACUUUCGGUUCUCCUGCCUGAGCUUUUAGAGAAGCUGGGACGACAGGCCUUCAACACCAGGACUGGCUUGUCUUCUUUUUCAAGGCUGAAAAAUAUUGUCACAUGUAUAGAUAAUAUUCUAUGUGUCCUUAUCCACUGGCAGGCACUUAGCCCCCCCACCAGCCCCCUUUGCACAUAUAGACAGACAGCAUUGCCAGGAACAUGCUGGACCACCCCCUGCCUAAGUCCCAGUUUUCAUCCUUUGAGGGUGAGCACUCACAAAGAAUUCUGGGACCUAUGGCAAUGCUUACUUUUUCUAGGUAAAAGUGGCAUGUCUGAGCUAUUUUAUGCAGGCUCUAAGGGGUAGUCACAGUAGCAUCUUUAACCAGCACAACAGCCCUAGGGAUGGAGAUGAUUGUCACCACUUUAUGGAAAGUAAGGUUUGAAAAAAAAAAACUGACUUGCGUCAGUGACUGACAGCAAGUUUUGAAACCAAUUCUCCUUGAUUCCAAAGCCACUGUCAUCCUGCACUGUGACACUGAGUCAUUGGAACCCUGUGUUUGAGGCCAGCAAGGAUACACUGGGAGAAACAAAGAAAAGGGGGAAAAAGGGAGUUAGUGGUGAAAACGGUCUCCAAGAAAGGGUCCCACCUUGAAGCUGUCACAAAGUAACACUUCCAUUGUCCAACAAUCAUAGCAUAGCAGAGAUUCUGUCGCUGUCAAUAACAGGGCAUAGCUCCUUCCUUUUGCAUCAAGUGAAAUAGUGUUCCAAAUUGUUUCCAGAACUUUUCUGCUGCAAGCGACCUGCCUGGUGAACUCAGGACACACAGAGGCAAAAUUCCUCUAGGACCAGGCACUUCUGGUGGUUAGCGGGAGUCCCAAACCCGAGGAUCCCUGCCCGCAGCAGCUCUCUGCUCCCAAACCCCGUGGGAGAGAGACCUCACCGCCUGGUCAGGUGGGCACUCCUGAGGCUGCAGAGCGGAAGAGACCACCAACACUGCCCACCCCUGCUCACAUCCCUGGCCCAAGAGGAAACUGUAUACGACCUCUGGGUCCCCAUAGAGGAGGGCCCAGGAGCAGCAGGACCGCUGCGUCUGAGACACCGCCAGAACCAGAAGGGACCGACUGGAUAAACAGUUCUCUGCACCCAAAUUGUUUCCAGAUCCCCCACACUGGAGCACCCCAAAGCUUGAUCCUCCUAGCCGCCAGCCUACCUCCCUAACCUGGCCUCUUAGCACGAACCUUAUUUUCCCCUAGAUAGGCUGUACCCCUCUGCGGGGCAGGAGGGGGGAAAUGGAGGGUGGGGUUGGGGCUCUUCAUGUUUUUCUGUACUCUGGGCCUUCAUUGGAGAGUCCUUGUCCUUAUUGCUUUAUGUAAUAGCUCCUUAGGCAUGGUUCACAUCUACCAAUGUGUCUUGUGACUGAUACUCUCAAGAAAUAGCCAUACCUAUUAAAGAGUCUGUAAGACUGGUUGCCUGGUUAGAAAAGCGAUUUCAACCUGUGGGUUAUGACCCCUUUGGCAAACCCCUAUCUCUGAAAAUAUGUACAUUACAAUUCACAACAGUAGCAAAAUUCCAGUUAUGGAGUAGCAGCAAAGUAAAUGUAUGGUUCAAGGUUACCACGAUGUGAAGAAUUACAUUAAAGGGCCACAGCAUGAGGAAGGCUGAGAGCCACUGGAUUUGAGCGUCACGAUCUGUAGGGAGUUAGAGCAUUGUAUUUCCAGAACCAAUUAACUUGGGCUUUCUUUGCCCUCCUAGCCACUAUUCAGUGUCUGCCUCUGUGUCUGCCCCAAUAUCCUUGUGAGUAUCAGGUAAAUCUUUUAGAAGAUGUUAGCUUAUCAGACCACUGGGUUCCAUUACCCCAAAGCUAAGAAAGGCUGUCAGGACCUGGGACUAUAACUGGUGAGAUGUGCUUGCUUUCAUGUACCCCACUCAUAUAAUGUCUCCUCCUGUGGCACUGAAGAUGCCUUGAUUUAUGACUUUCUUUUGUUCUGUAACUAUAAAAGCCCGGUGAAAUGGUUUCCAUAGUUUGUGGUGUUGGGGAAACCUAUAUCCAUGUUCCCAGGCCAUCUUAAUGCCACUCAUAUUUGGGUCAAGGAUAAAUACGUUUUCGAUUCCCCUUAA